CUGGUGUUGGAAAACUCUAGUUUGUCUUACUAAAAUGUAGUCGAAUAACUAAUAGUUCUAACAAUUCUAUUAAAUAUAGUUAAAAACUAACUACUCCGUUGAAAUUUCGCUUGCUCCAGGGUAUAGUCUCAGGUAUCCUUAUUUGGGAAGGAAUGCUGAUCUUUAUCUAAUGCAAGCAGUAAACUUGCAAAGAAAUAACAGUUUGCAUAAAAAUGUAAAGAAUGCUGAAAAUGUUGCAAGACCUGAUGUGACAAUCACCGAAAUGAAUAUGUAGGUUGCAUCCCUUUUGAAUAUGUAACAGAUUGAGCAACACUUUAAGGAUAAAUGGCGAACGCGAUGUGACGGUCUUUGAACCAGAUUUGGGUGCGUACCCCUGGUUCCCGGGGCCUCGAAAUAAAGCACCGCAUAUAACCUUCUUCGUAUGGUUAUGUGUUUGUCUUUACGCUAACAGUUUUGGCGACCCAGAUGGGACCUCGCGGGCAUUGCUGAGGCGGCUCGCAUCGAUCCCGCUCCGGCCGGCACCGAGUGAUUCUCGGGGAGCCAUCGACCGCAACCGACCUCCGCUGCCCCCGACGGACCGAGGAUUAUAUUGAUAGUAGGAAAUUCUUCGCUUUUGAAUGGGAGAACACGCACAAUGGACGAAAAAUGCAGUUGACAUGGACAAGGCUUCCACAAGGAUUCAAGAAUAGUCCAACACUUUUUGGGAACCAGCUGGCAAAAGGAUUGGAAUCAUGGACAAUGCAGGAGAAAGUUCAGCAGCCUUCUUAGGAGCGCCUGUGGAAGAUGGCCCUUUGGAACAUGAUUGUGUGGAAGUUAUCGAACACACUCAUGCAACAAGGGCUGACCUGAAGGACACCCCACUUGAACAGCCUGAUCAAGAACUUUUUACAGAUGGAAGUAGUUAUGUAGAAAACGGGACACGAUAUGCCGGGUAUGCGGUAACCACACAAAAAGGGGUAAUAAAAGCAGAGGCUCUUCCUGUAGGAACUUCAGCACAGCGAGCAGAAAUAAUAGCUCUCACGAGAGCCUUGGAAUUGAGCAGGGAUCAGCGAGUAAAUAUAUGGACAGACUCAAAAUAUGCAUUUGGAGUGGUUCAUAUACAUGGAGCACUAUGGAAAGAACAAGGACUCCUAUCUUCGCAAGGUACGAACAUAAAAUACCAAAAAGAAAUUCUGAAUUUGAUAACUGCUGUACAGUUACCCAAACAGGUGGCGAUCAUGCACUGUAAAGCACAUCAAGGAGGAGAUUCCAAAAUAGCUGAAGGAAACGCGUUAGCGGACCGGACAGCUCAACGGAUUGCACGACAGGUAUCAAAUAUGAUGGCCUUAAUACCCACGAAGGUAAGCCCUUUACAAAAUUAUUUAACGCAGAAGCCGAAGUACUCGGAGGAGGACGAGAAAUUAGCUAGACUAAUAAAGGCCCAAUUGGGUUCAGAUGGAUGGUACCUAACUGCAACUGGACAAGUGAUUGUACCACCUACCAUUAUGCGGACAUUUUUACAGACGGAACAUCAGAAAUGUCACUGGGGAGCAGAAGCUUUAGUGGCGUAUUUAAAGCGCAGCAUAAUCUCGGCACAGAUGUUAACAAUGGCAAGGUCAAUAAAUUCGAAAUGUGAAAUCUGUUUGAAGAACAAUCCGGUAGUUAGAAAAGGAAUAGAAAUGGUACAUAUCAGAGUGGGUAUGGAACCGGGUGAUUAUUGGCAAAUUGAUUUUGUAGAAUUACCUAAAAGUCAAGGAUACAGGUAUUUGUUAGUUGGGGUUGACACCUUUUCUGGAUGGCCGGAAGCCUUUCCUUGUUACACCAACCAAGCUAAGGAGACAGUGAAAUGGCUGCUGCGAGAGAUUAUUCCAAGAUUUGGGGUACCCCUAGGCCUAUCUUCAGAUAGGGGAUCACACUUCGUAGCAGCUAUAGUUCAAGAGGUAAGCAAGAUGUUAGGAAUCUCUUGGAAUCUCCACACACCGUGGAGACCACAGUCAAGUGGACAAGUAGAAAAGAUGAAUCAGACAAUUAAGUGGCAGAUCAGUAAAAUAUGUCAGGAGGCUAAAAUUCAAUGGCCACAGGCGUUACCAAUAGCACUCCUAAGGAUAAGAAUUAAGCCAAGGAGUGGGAUGAUAGUAAGCCCUUAUGAAAUUCUUUUCGGAAAACCCUACGAGGUGCCACAACCUAACCUCAAUAUGCAUAUAAAAGGUGGGCAAGAUGUAUAUAACUAUGUGUUAUCCCUUGCUAGAACUUUGACGCAGCUGCGGAGUACUCUGGUUUGGAAUCGACCCUUGUCAUUGGAACACCCAGUGCACAAUAUCAAUCCAGGAGACCAGGUUUACGUCCGUGAUUGGGUUGAGGAACCACUGAGAGAACAGUGGAACGGACCGUACCUGGUGCUGCUAACUACCUUUACCGCGGUUAAAGUGAAGGGAAUUGAUUCCUGGAUUCACUACACACGGGUAAAGAAGGUUCCCGGAGAGUGGCAAGCAGAAGUAACUGGACCUACAAAGCUGAAACUUACAUACCAGAAGGAUGUCUAAUUACGUCUAUGGGACGAUCAUAAUAAUAUGGUUUCUGAUGAAUAUGACUUUUUCCACAGGCACCCACCGAAAGAAUAGAAAUGUGAGAUAUGAUCCAGAGCAAAAUGCCAUUCUGUCUUGCAUGGUUCAAAGUCAGAAAGUGGAAGUAACAUCGGGAAAAGGAAUCCAAUUUGACAUUAACAAAGGAUUGGAAAAGAUAAUAGUAUCCCACAGAAAAAGGCGAGAUAUAGAGCCCACUCCAACACCACAGAAAUUUUGUAUGGGCCAAUAGUGAUGGAACGUGGACUACCCAUUUAUCAGUUACGGGGAAGGUUAAAGAAAUCACAUUAGGCUUACCCACCUUAUGCCCAAUUUGGAAACGUUCCCCCUUUAAAGGGAAACUGGAAACUCUACAAAUCAACAGAAUCAAAAGAGAUAUAAAGGAAGAUGAUACAUGGCAGAAGCCCUCUACAGGAGUGAAGGUAGGAUGGGCCCUUGAAUCUCUCUUUGCUGCUCCAGUAGCUACUUACCGAAAUAGAGACAUGAUUUACAAAUUAAUAGGGCAGACUGAAAGGUUAGCUAGAGUUACUAAAAAGGGGUUCAGAGAUUUGAAUAUGCAGCUCCAAGCAAGGACAAAAAUGACUUUGCAGAACAGAAUGGCAUUAGAUAUCUUAUUAUUGAAGGAAAAUGGUGUUUGCGGAUAUUUAAAGGAUCGAGUUGAUCACUGCUGUGUGCAUAUACCGAAUGUAACCAUGGAUAUAGAAUAUGACAUAUCUCAACUCAAGAGAAUUGAACAAGAAGCUGAAGAAGAAAGAAAAGAGAUCGGCCAUAAUUGGAUAGGAGAAUUAUUUAAUGGAUUGGGGAUUCAUUUAGACGGGUGGCUACAAUCACUUUUAGAAACUAUUUGCACACUCUUAUUAGUAUUCCUGGUCAUCUACCUAGUAUACUUAUGUAUCCGUCAAGAAAUCACCCGUAACACUAGCUGGACACAUAAGAUUAUAGGAGCAGUAACCCGGGAAUACCCACGACGCCUGACCCCGCCACCGAAGUACUACGAGACUACGAGAAUGGAGAACUAAGAUGAAAAACUGAAAAAUGGAAAUACCUUCUUAAUGAAAGAAAGUAUUUCCAAAGGGGGGAAAUGUUGGAAAACUCUAGUUUGUCUUACUAAAAUGUAGUCGAAUAACUAAUAGUUCUAACAAUUCUAUUAAAUAUAGUUAAAAACUAACUACUCCGUUGAAAUUUCGCUUGCUCCAGGGUAUAGUCUCAGGUAUCCUUAUUUGGGAAGGAAUGCUGAUCUUUAUCUAAUGCAAGCAGUAAACUUGCAAAGAAAUAACAGUUUGCAUAAAAAUGUAAAGAAUGCUGAAAAUGUUGCAAGACCUGAUGUGACAAUCACCGAAAUGAAUAUGUAGGUUGCAUCCCUUUUGAAUAUGUAACAGAUUGAGCAACACUUUAAGGAUAAAUGGCGAACGCGAUGUGACGGUCUUUGAACCAGAUUUGGGUGCGUACCCCUGGUUCCCGGGGCCUCGAAAUAAAGCACCGCAUAUAACCUUC